CUCGACACGGCGCAGCUGUUCCCGUUACUCGCGCGUGCGCGGGGGGUCAGAUCUGCUCUGGGGCUGCUCGCUCGCUCAUCUCUCGGCGAUGGCAGCAGCAGCAGCAGGAGGUGAUGGAGGUGAUGGAGUUGGAGGCGUCUCGGGUCUGCUGUUCGACUACGCGGAUGCUGCCGUGGCCGUGUACUCGCGAGUGCGCAGCGAGUGGAGCGACUGCUCCGACUGCGGCCCCGCGCUCGCUGCGCGCACGCUGCGCAACGCGGCCACGUUCGGGCGCCGCGACGCGGUCAUCGUGGUCGUGUUGGCGCUCGCGUGGAUCACGGCGCGCAUCCUCGCCACGUCCCACGUCUUCAAGCCGCUGGCGGCAAAGCUGCGGCUGCGCCCCCAGGAUGUGGCCAAGUUCCCGGAGAACGCGUGGAAGCUCGUCUUCUACCUGGGCGCGUGGCUCUACAGCGGCUACCUGCUCUUCAUGCGCGACUACAACUUCUUCGCACAGCCGCUGUCGGCGUUCACCGGCUGGUACGUGGGCAUGGAGGUGCCCAGCGACAUCCACCUCGCCUACAUGCUCCAGGGCAGCUUCUACCUCCACUCGGUGUACGGGACACUGUGCCUGGACACGUGGCGCCGCGACUCGCCCGUCAUGAUCCUCCACCACAUCAUCACCCUGUCGCUCAUCGGCUUCUCCUACGCCCUCAGGUUCCACAACAUCGGGCUGCUGGUGCUCUUCCUGCACGACACGAGCGACUUCCUGCUCGAGUUCACCAAGGUCAACGUCUACCUGCGGCACCGCGGCGGGGGCAGCGAACGCGAGCGCUGGGUCCACGCUCGCAUCGCCGACCUCGGCUGCGCCGCCUUCGGCUCCAGCUGGUUCGUGUGCCGCCUCUACUGGUUCCCGCUCAAGGUGGUGCACACCACCGCCGUCACGGUGCUCACCGUCAUCCCGAACAUGCCCUUCUACUUCUUGUUCAACACCCUGCUCAUCAUACUCACCGGCAUGAACGUCUACUGGUUCUCGUUCAUCGUGGCCUUCGUGGCGAAGGUGCUGACGGGGCAGAUGAAGGAAGUGGACGAUCUGCGCGAGUUCGACGUGAAUGAGCGAGUGAGCACGGGCCCGGAGGGGGAGGCAAUGACGCAGGGGGAGCGCCGGUCUCACGCGAAACGCGGCAAAGGAAAAGGCGAGGCUCAGGAGAACGGCCUGCAAAGCGGCGGUGGCAAGAAGCAGCAGUGAGUGCGAAGCGCACGCUGCUCGGAGGCGCCCCUGCGACUUCUCCCUCUGCGCGUCUCCGACAAAACCAUGGGGGGGGUGGAUCCGGCCGCACAAAAAACCCCAAAGUUUCUUUCCCCAAGCCACAGCCACCGUCCUCCCCCUUCCUCCGAGGGAUUUGGUUUGCUCCACAGCUGACUGCCGGUCUGCAAGUGUGAGAGUUGGUCACGGACCAUUUCAUUUGAAUCGAGGUGGGGAUUUUUUUCUUUCAUAAUUCGUGUUUGGGGAGGAAGAAAAAAAAACUGGCGUUCCGUCCAGCUAUUUGCUUUCCAGCCGGCGUGUGGCCAUGCUGUUGUUGGCUGGGGGAGUGGCGCACUUGUGCCAAGAGUCGGAAUUCGCGGAGUCAAAAACGAAGACGCGGGGGAGGUUUAAAAUUGUUUUGUUUUCCAGCAGCGGUCUCGUGCUUGGAGACGGACGCUUCCAUUGCGACGUCUUUUUAUCCUCAGCAGGCAGACUUCUGUCAAUGACAAACCCCUUUUAGUGAGCACCGUUGUGGUGAGUAAACUUCACGUGUUUUUUAAUUGACAUCUCUCUCCGCACAGCGGACGACACUGUUUACAGAGUACGUGUCAUUUUUUUAAAAUAUUGCUUCAUGUGUUUUAAAAAAGGAAACAGAGAAAGCGUGAGAGUUAAUCAUGGCCCCCCUCCCGCCCCUCUCGUUUGAAGCUGCUCUUUAGAGACAUCUGGAGCCCGUGGUUGUUAUUGCACAUUCGCCACAACAGGAGCGAAUGUGUUGUCAUGCCCUCUGCCCCUAGUGAACAAAUGCGCCCUCUUGUGGAUCGAUCCCGGCCUUUGCGUGCGAGCGUGGCUCCUUCGAACAACAACGACACAAAUUGAGAAGCAAACGAAAUGAAAAUGAGGGGGGGGGGGGGGUCCUUUGCUAGUGGAGUGGGGGGCUGUCAGGGGUUAGGGGUUAGGGCUAAGGUCAGCACGAGGUAGACGGGUAACAAUUCACCUCCACUUCACGUGUGAUUCAAGGAAUUGUUAGGAUUCUGAGUAACGUUUUUUUUUACGAAUGUUUUUUAAAUUCCCAUUGUGGCUUGUUUGUUUUGAUUGUCGUUCCGUCGACGUGAUUUGCAUUAUUAGUUACUACACGCAUAAUUUUUUUAAAUGUAUCAUGAGCUGCACGAUCGCUUUUUAAUCGAUGGGUCAAUGUUUGAAUGGUUCGUGACAGUGAUAAGUGUUGCUUGUCGGUUCUGGAUCGGUUGUGUUUCCGGCGAUACUACAACGAUGUCACACAUGAUUAAAUCAGCGAUAAUCUUACUGCCCGCUUUGCAAGAUAUAUCACUAUUAUCUUGCCUCAUCAGAAAACAUUCUUCAAUAUUUAUUUUCCUUCCAGAAGGAUUAUUACAUGGUUCGGAUCGACGGCAUAGUUGGUUAUGUAACGCCACCGUUAUAAGCAAUCGGACACAUUUUUAAGUCCUGGCAAUUUCCGUCGACUCGUGAUGGGAUUGUGUUGAGCGAAACUGCAGUCGAAGAUCUUUGAAGGAGCAGUAUUCUUAAUUCUUGAUCAAAGGACUUCAAAUCAAUGAAAACAACAAUUAAACAAAUUGCAAUCGUACAAGGAACUGUUAUUGCGAUACUCAUCCUAAUUUUAAUAUCGUAUCGCGAUCAUGAAAGUUUUUUUAAUAUAGUGGCAACCCCGGGGUUAGGCAUUAGCUUCGCGUUCGGUUGGCUAUCAUGUGCUGGGGCUCCUCAAGCUGCUUGCCAUCAUCACCACCACCACCCGGCUUUCUCGCUCUUGCGCCGAUUUCAUGUUCAUCACUGACAUUUGCAGAGUCAUAUUCUUAGGUUUUUUCCGGUAAAGUCACGUAGGUAAAAAAUAAAAAUGUAUAAAAGUAAAAUAAAAAUAAAAUAAAUUAUGUUACUUUUAUUAAUUAAUUUUUUUUUACCUACGUGACUUUACCGAAAAAAAACUAAGAAUAUGAAUCCUUGCAGUCACGAAAGCUUCAAAUCUAGAAUUUGCAGAGCCGCCAAUGCCAGGCGGGGUGGCUGGGAUGGGUGGGGGGUCCAUGCAGGGGUGGCUACGACAUCACGCACACACGCGUACACACAAGACACGCGCACGCACACACACGCGCACACAUAAGACACACGCACACACACGCGCACACAUAAGACACACACGCACACACGCGUACACACAAGACACGCGCACGCACACACACGCGCACACAUAAGACACACGCACACACGCGCACACACAAGACACGCGCACACACGCGCACACGCGCACACACGCGCACACACGCACACACGCGCACACACGCGCACACACACGCACACACACGCACACACGCGCACACACAAGACACGCGCACACACAAGACACGCGCACACACACGCACACACGCGCGCGUGCAUCUAUCCCCCAAGGCAUCGUCAAGCUCGGCUCCUGGUUUUGGCCCAUUAAUCACAAUGACCUCUAAUUAAGCCCCAUCGGAGGAGGGGGGGGGCUGUGGAUGGGAGGGACGGGUUGUGAGCGGGCUUGGCUAUGAGAAGAUUAAUAGUGGGGGUAGGGGGGGGGCACUUGAAAUUGUGUGGGACAGAGUUUGCACGACGCUUUUGCAACCUUUCCAAGUCUGGUGAUGACCAAAUCUACAGUCACAUUAGCAUAAGGGCGCCCAACCUCAAAAGCCAAGCGGGUUAGAACCUCGUGAGGUCUCGGAUGGGUGACCACCAGGGGCUUGCCAGGUGUUGUGGCCAGGAGAUGGCAGUGGUGAGUGUGUGUGUGUGCCCCCCCCCCCCCCUGACUUGGUAGUCUGGUGUUUGUUUUGAAUAAGGGCAAACACUCAUUCAUGGAAUUGGCCAAACGUGCCAAAAGCUGUAGGACCUUCCUGAAAAGAGAGCCUUGAGACUCACGCUUUCCUGGUUAAAUAAUUUGCAUUCAUGAGCAUGUUGGUGUGUUAGACGUACACCGAUGGACGAUUGAUGAAUGAAGGGUGUGUCCAUGUUGACCGCUGGCCAGACGAGUGGCGGGUCGUCUCGCAGAGAUAGCGGUCAGAUGUCCAGUCCAGGGCCUGAAAGCGGUGAUGAACUCCUGUGAACAAUGACUAGCAAAGUCGCACCGCAGUGCGUGAAUCGUGUGCAGUGAAACCCGGUGUGUUAGUUGCGGUCCGGUCUUCACUGUGGCCCUCUCUCUCUCUCUAGGAGAGAAUUUCCCCCAGUAAACGUGUCCCCCUUUCAAUCCCUAAACCCCCUUUCAGUGUUACUGAUCGGGAACGGGCGUUUGGAACAGCGGUGUUUUGUUGUAUUAAACCGUGGCAGGAAUUAAACAGUACAAACAUUGAA